AUGAUAAAUUCAGCUGAUGAUCGUCGUAUGAAAAAUAAUAAUAACGAUGUGCGAGUGGCAGUUUUAGAACAACGUGUACGAGAAUUAGAAGCUGCUGUCAUUCCAGGUCAAGCACCAUCAACAUCAUUAGCUGCUGCUUCUUCCUUUAUCAUUCCUGUCAUAGGUUCCAAAAAUUCAUCACGUAUUCUUCGUUCAACUUCCGGUCAGUUUGUAGUUUCGGCUGCAGCAACACCAGUAACUCAACAAUUGAUGGCUCAGGAAGUAGUUGACAAAGAAAUUGAAGUUGAAAGAUUGCAAUCAUUAUUACGCAAAUGUUAUUCACGAAUGGAAUUACGGCAAGUACAAUAUGAUGAGGAAGUGAAUGAAUUUCGUCGUGAGUCUGAAGAAGCUAAAUUGCAAUUGACAAAAGUGAAGGCUCGAUUAAGUGAACUGGAAAAGGAAUGUGUUGCAUAUCGUGAAAAAGCAAUGGCUGUUGAUGCUAAUCGUAACAGUACUGUUGCAUCAUCCUUAGAAAAGAUUGCUGUUCAGGAGCGAGAAAUUGCAAUGUUAAGGAAUGAUUUGGAACGACAUAUGCAACUGGUGAAAAAUUUGGAGCGAGUAAAGAAGGAAUAUGAAUUUUUGGAAUUACAAAAUGAAGCGCUGAAUGCAAAACUUGAUUCGAAGGAAGCUACUAUUCGUGAUCUGGAAGAUAAUAUUCAUGCAAUGAAAAUGGAUGCAUCUCGUAAAAUGGAAAGUGGUUCAGUGACACCUAAAGCGGGCGCUUUCUCAUUAUUCGAUGUCGAACCAACGAAAUUUCUCGGUACCUCAAAGGAAUCGAAUGUACGGGAAGCGAAAAACGAUCGAUUAUCAUUUUCAUCAUCCUCAGUGACAGUAGCAACAGCAGCAGCAGAAGGUUUAGGAUCAUCAAAAAGAGUUGAAAAAUCAUCAUCUCUAAUAUUAUCUGAUUCGGAUACUGAUGAUAAGCUUCAACUUUCUGCAUCAACAUCGAAAUUAAUCCGAAUGCAGCUAAAUAGAACAUUAGAAUGUCGAUUAUUGGCUAAAUGUUUGAAGGAUGUAGCUGCAAAAGCGAUUACCGGGGAUGCACCAAGUGUCAAUCGUUUGUUAGGAUGUCGAAGUGAUUCGAUGUCAGAAUCGGAACCAGAACCUGUAAUGAAUGAUGCAAGUAUAAUGUCAUCAAAUUGUGCUGAACGACAUAUUCGAAAGAUUACGGAAGAUUUGGAACGAAUUGAGAAAGAUUUAAAUUCAUUGCGUGAAAGUUUUGUGGAAUAUUAUCAGAAGAAAAUUGCGGAUGAACUAAAAGAAGACGAAUCAUGCCGUAUUCAAUAAGCAAUUUUGUUUAAUAUAUUUCUUUAAGUGCGGAUACAUUUGAUGGGUCAGCAGUUUAUCAGGAAAAUUUCA